AUGUUAAUAUGCCACAGAAAAGUCAUGCCCUCUGAAAUUAUACUGAGCAACCUUGCGCUCUCCAACCUCCUGGUUAUCCUGACCCAGGGGAUCCCCAUUACCCUCAAAAACUUUAGGCUUCAGAACACAUACAAUGACCUGGUCUGCAAAAUUACCCUCUAUAUUUACUGCGUGGGCAGAGCCAUGAGCAUUUGCAUCACCUACCUGCUGGGCUGUUUCCAGUGUAUCCUCAUUGUCCCAUCUCCUUGCAAAUGGUUGCACUUGAGAGAGAACCUGCUGAAAAAUCUCUCUUCAGUUAUGAUUUCCUUUUGGUGCUUCAACCUUUUUGUGUGCAGGACCCACCUGGCUUAUUCCUCCUCCCAGGAUGCUGCAAACUCCUCAAUCAUCAAAAGCCACACAGUGGUGUACAACUUCUGCUGCAUGGUUUUCCCCAGCCACCUUUUGUACUUAGGAAACGGGUCGGUGUCUGUCACUCGGGACUUGUUCUUCCUGGGAAUCAUGACUCUUUCCAGCUGCUACCUUCUCUCCAUGUUUUAUCAGCACGGGAAGCAGGCAAAACAUCUGUUGGGGCUGCACACAAAGCACGUGGAAAUCCAGGCAGCCAAAGCCGUGGUGGCCCUGUUAAUCAUGUACCUUCUCUGUUUUGGGCUGGACAGCCUCUUCUGGGUCUAUACCCUCUGUAUGUACCCUGUCUCACUGAGCCUCAUUGAUGCCCGGAUGUUCCUUGAUUCCUGCUACUCGGCCAUCAGCUCACUGCUGAUUAUCCUGACUAACAAGAAGGUACAGACAGGUCUGAAAUGUGCAACCAGGAGGAGACAGUUACCAGGUGGAGACAGCAUCUCACAAUAUAUCCAAUAA